GUCAGACUGUCACAAACAGCUCUAGCCCGUUACAACCAGCCUCCUCUGAAAGGCCUCAAUCUCUCUCUCUCUCUCUCUCUCUUCCUCCAUAUAUAAAAGUAAAAACGCAGCUCCAAAUCUCAUCUUCAUCAACCAAAAACCCCUCUCACCAUUUCUUUCCUCUCUCCCUACGAUCUCUUUCUUUCCCUCCAAUUCAAUUCGUUCUCAUGAAUACUUAUACACCCAUAACUCAUCGAUCCAUGUAUUGUCUUCCAUUUGAAUCAUCUUUUAUUGACUCUGUGAUUCGAUGGUUUCUGUUUCUUUGAAUCGAUCGCUGUUUGGAUCCGUUUUUAGCUAGAAAUGAGGCUGUAGAACUGGAAAAAGGUUAGCUGAUGGGUGAAUCUAUUCUAGUGUGAAUUUCUAAUUUCUAACAUAAAAAAUAAGAUGCCAGGAAUAGCGCAGAGAAAUGAGCAAUUCAGUAAUGCAUCAUCGGGCGUUUACUCGCUUUCAGCCAAUGGAUUCUGGUCAAAGCACAGCGGAGAUGUUAGCUACAAUCAGCUGCAGAAGUUCUGGAGUGAGCUUUCACCACAAGCCCGACAGAAGCUACUGCAGAUUGACAAGCAAACCUUGUUUGAGCAAGCUCGUAAGAACAUGUACUGUUCUAGAUGCAAUGGACUAUUACUUGAAGGUUUCUUGCAGAUUGUUAUGUAUGGCAAGUCUCUGCAGCAGGAAGGGGUAGGUGGUCACCUUUCUUCCAACAGACCAGGAGCCUCAGAAAAUCAGAAUGAUGGAGAAUCAAAUAUAAUGAAUGGGUGCCAAGAUGAAAUUCAAGAUCCAUCUGUCCAUCCCUGGGGGGGUCUGACCACUACACGCGAUGGCUCUUUGACACUUUUGACUUGCUAUAUAAAUUUGAAGUCUCUUAAGGGUCUCCAGAAUGUUUUUGACAGUGCACGAGCAAGAGAACGGGAGAGGGAAUUGCUCUAUCCUGAUGCCUGUGGUGGAGGAGGUCGGGGUUGGAUAAGCCAAGGAAUGGCAAGCUAUGGUAGAGGACAUGGAAUAAGAGAAACAUGUGCAUUACAUACUGCCAGGCUUUCUUGUGACACAUUAGUGGAUUUCUGGUCAGCACUAGGAGAAGAGACUCGACAGUCUCUUUUAAGGAUGAAGGAAGAGGAUUUUAUUGAAAGGCUCAUGUACAGGUUUGACAGCAAAAGAUUUUGUAGAGAUUGUAGAAGGAAUGUUAUUCGUGAAUUCAAGGAGCUAAAGGAGCUCAAGCGCAUGCGGCGAGAACCUCGCUGCACCAGUUGGUUUUGUGUUGCAGAUACAGCUUUCCAAUAUGAGGUGUCUGAUGACAAAAUCCAGGCUGAUUGGCACCAAACUUUUGCCGAUACUGUUGGAUCAUAUCAUCACUUUGAAUGGGCAGUUGGAACUGGAGAAGGAAAAUCUGACAUUCUAGAAUUUGAAAAUGUAGGCAUGAAUGGGAGUGUUCAAGUUAAUGGCCUAGAUCUUGGUGGUUUAACUGCAUGUUUUAUCACUUUGAGGGCUUGGAAACUAGAUGGCCGCUGUACUGAGCUUUCUGUAAAGGCUCAUGCAUUAAGGGGUCAACAAUGCGUCCACUGCAGGCUUGUUGUAGGUGAUGGUUUUGUUACUAUUACUAGGGGGGAAAGCAUCAGAAGUUUUUUUGAACACGCCGAAGAGGCUGAGGAAGAAGAGGUAGUUCAGGAUGAUGACUCCAUGGACAAGGAUGGGAAUGAGCUGGAUGGAGAAUGCUCCCGUCCCCAAAAGCAUGCGAAGAGUCCUGAACUUGCUCGAGAAUUUCUUCUAGAUGCUGCAACAGUUAUUUUCAAGGAGCAGGUUGAAAAGGCUUUCAGAGAAGGAACUGCACGUCAAAAUGCUCAUAGUAUCUUUGUUUGCCUUGCACUUAAACUGCUGGAGGAGCGAGUUCAUGUGGCAUGCAAAGAAAUUAUUACAUUGGAAAAGCAGAUGAAACUUCUUGAAGAAGAGGAAAAGGAAAAGCGUGAAGAAGAAGAACGCAAAGAGAGAAGAAGAACUAAAGAGAGAGAGAAAAAGCUUCGAAGAAAGGAGAGAUUAAAAGGGAAGGAAAGGGAUAAAGAAAAGAAGUGCUCUGAAUCAAAUAAUUCUCUUGAAGUCUCAAAGGAUGAAACAUCAGCAAGCAUUGAUGAGGAAGCUAAUAAUGAUGUCAGCUGUAGGGAUUCAGUUAGUGAAACUGGUGACAUUUGUCUAUCCAGGCCUGAAUCUCCUGAUGUUCAAGAAAAAUGCUCAAAUGGGUAUGCCAGUUCGGAAAUGCAAAACAACUCCUGUGGUAGUCCUGAUGGAGGAGUCACUAAUGUGAAAGAUGGGACUGGCUCUUUUAUGAUUGAACAAUCAAAAUUUUCUUAUCGAAGAUUGAAAUUUCGGAAAGAAGUCCCCAUUGAGCCCUCUUUGAAGCGGUCUGAUAGGCGUCGAUUUGCAAUUGUUUCAGAAAAUGGGGCUACGGUUAAUAGAUCUGAGUCGAGACACUAUGGUGACAAUUUUGAGACUCCUCCAAGGGGUGUCACCGGAUUGAAUAGGCAGUCGAGGAUAAACAGACAGAAGUCUAAUGGUCGAAAUUGUGGCCUUAAGUUUAAUGAGAAGUUUCAUUGUCUUAACAACAGGAUGGAUGACAGAUAUGACUUUCAUUCUUGCAGCUGUCAUCAAAACAAUGAAUACAGGGUGAAAGUUGAACCACAUGUUUCUGCAGUAAGAAUUGGCCGAGAUAGCAAAUUUGGUAAGUCAGCAUCUACAAUGGAAGCGUCCAAGAAAUUUUAUUGUGGGAACAAGUAUGGGCAAAUAAAUUACAUGCGUGAAGGUUGUGUAAGAGCCAAAAGCAAAAGCUUCACAGCAAACAAUUCUUCUAGCAGAGAUUUGCUUCAUCCUAAGAAAGUUUGGGAACCUACAGAAUCACACAAAAAGUAUGCUUGGAGCAACUCAGACAGUGAUGUUACCUUGAGGUCAGCUACUUUAAAGGUUGAAGAAUUAGAAUCUGAUAAUAGCUUAUUCAAAACGCCUGAUGAUGAGUGUUCUGGUGAAGUUACUGGAAAUUUUGGUGAAAUUGAUGAGGAGGAGCAUAAUAUGGGGGAAUCAGGAAGAUCUAACCUCAGAAUCAAUAAAGGCUGCCUGAAUGGACACAGCGUGGAAGUAAAGGCGCCUUGCUACUCAACAAAAACUUCUUAUGAGGAAAUCAGUUCUUGCCGUCCACAGAACUCUGGCUCAAGUGGGACUUCUGAUCCUAGCAUAGGUAGCAUUUCAAAUUCAGAUAACUGUUCAUCAUGCCUCAGUGAGGUAGAUAGCAAUACAGCCUCUUCGAACCAAGGAAAUCUGGAAUCUUCGUCCACUUCAGAUUCAGAAGAUACGUGUCAACAAUCAGAAGUAAGAGAAUCCUCACUAUGUCAAAAUGGUUUCCCCAAUUCUCAUAAGGUGGCCAUGGAGAAAAAACAAAUUAUGAAUGGAGGGGGGGAAUUUGGAAGCAGGGAAUUGUUUGGGCUUCCAGCAGAUGGUCUGAGAAUGAAUGCGUUGGGAAAUCUGCCCACAAAAACCGUGCAACUGCAAAAUACUGAUACUAGAAUAGGCUUGCAACAUCAAGGCAUGUUUCCACCUAUGCAAAACCAUAAUUUACAAUUUCCAGUCUUUCAAUCUCCUUCAAUGAAUUACUACCAUCAAAAUCCUGUUGCUUGGCCGGCUGCUCCACCAAAUGGAUUAAUGCCCUUUCCCCACGCUAACCACUACCUAUAUGCUGGCCCUCUUAGCUAUGGUUUAAACAGAAACUCACAGUUACAUAUGCAGUAUAGUCCUGUGCAGCAUUUGGCGACACCCAUUUUUCAUCCUGGGCCAGUGCCAGUUUAUCAGCCAGUUGGCAAAACAAAUGGCUUGAACUCAGAAGAGCAAACGAAGAUGUAUGCAGGGCAGGAAACUUUAACUGAAGCCAGGACAGACAAGAAGGAAUCAGCCAGAUCAUGUUCAACAGAAGUUCUGCCAAGUGGAGCAGUUGGAAAAGUUGAUAAUUCUUCUAAGUUGCAUGUCAGUAACACCAGCUUUUCCUUGUUCCAUUUUGAUGGGCCUGUAGCUCUAUCAACAGGAUGUAAACCAGAUCAUGAGCCUUCAAAAGAUGAAAUUGUUGGAGAUCUUUCUUCGAAAUUUUCGACAGAUCAAGUUGAUAAUGAUCCUGGUUGCAAUAAGAAAGACACUACUAUGGAAGAAUACAAUUUGUUUGCAGCAAGCAAUGGCAUAAGAUUUUCGUUCUUCUAGUAUAGUAGUGAGAUUUGAGGUGAGGUGGCUGUUUGGAAGUCCAGUCCCUGUGUUCUUGUUUGCUCUUGGAAGUUUUGAUUACUUUGAAGUCCGUACACAAUAAUCUUCCUCAGAGAAAUUGAAAUUUUAGCUAUAGUUUUUUCAGUUGAUUGAUAACUAAUUUCUCCCCUUUUUUUGUUCAUUGUAGAGAGAGAGGGAGAGAUUGGAAGAGUGGUAUAAUGCCUGAGUUUUUCUGUAUGAGGUCAGCCUUUUUUUGGUUUUUCAAUUUCUUUUUAUUAAUGAAUCAUUUGUUGGUAUGA